AGGGAAGCAAGCUUCUAGAUAAGAAAGUUUUUUAUAUUCUAUGAAUGAAGUGAAAAAUAUAUAGUACAAAAUAAUUAGGAAGAUGUGUUGUUUAUCAGCUGAGAAAUAGAGAAAUAGAGAACAGAGAUGUUGCUGCAGAAAUUUACAGAAUGGAAAUGAAACAAAACAACCCGUUAAAUGUAUGUUGGAUCGGUGGCAUAUAAAUCAGAUUCUCGAUUAAAAAUGUCCUAGUAAAAGAACAUCAGGCCAGGCCAGAGCUGCAGAUGUUUUCAGCCAAAAAUUUGACAUAACAACAGAUUACAGUUAGGCAUAUUUAGUACUCCCUCUGUCCCAUUAAAAUGAACGUUUUGUUUUUUUUGGUUGUGCCAUUAAAAAUGCUAUGUUUCCUAAAAUGGAAACAACAUCAUAUCUACUUUCCUCUCUCUUACUUUAUUAUCUCUUCAUUAACUCACAAAACAAUACUAAAUGUUUCAUAUUUAAUGGGACGGAGGGAGUAGUAUAUAAUGAAUGCAAUAUUGUCAAUACAUGAGGCAAUUAAUUUGCAAUCUAGUUUCAGGAGUGAAAGGAGUCUAAUUAAAGAUGGCACAAUACCAAAUAUCAUUAAAUUCUAGAUGUUUAAAAGUAAAUGAGUGACGAAUGAUUGCAACAAAUGUAAGCAAAAGCCUAACUAUACAUAGUAAGUCUAUCAUUAAUCUCCUAAUAAAGACCAAUGAGUAUAAAUUAUAAGAAAAUUAUUCUCUUCAGUUGCAACAAAGUCUGAUACGAGUUGGCGGGUCUACAAAAGGGGGAAUCGCCAGGUAGUUUGGCCAACCGAGUCAGAGGAAAAAGGGGAAGAAUGAAGGAGAGGAAGGCGCACAAAUCUCGGCUAUAGUUAGGUUGUUAGGGGAUUUCAAAUUCAAAUAAAGUUGUUGCAGAUGCUGUUAGUUGUUGCUGAUUUUUCUCUAUUGUAAGUCUAUAUAUUGAAGUUCCAAAAUACAGAAAAGUAUCUGGGGGAUUUAGUAUUGGGCGAUCGUAGUAUCGUAGGCCUCCUUGUGAGGAUUUCCGUUUGUGUUCAUUUCAUUUCUCAUAUCAAUAAAGCCAAGUUCUUCUAUUUGAGUGAGUGUUGGGAGUUCAUUUCUCCUCUGCGAAUUUUAUAGAGCACUUCUUGUGCUCUUCUUAUUGUCCGGUACCUUUACUCUUAUCAAUUGGUGCGGUGACGAUGGUUAACACGCGUAAUACGGACACGCGGCUGGAGGGAUUAGAGAAGGUCACCGGAGAUCUGGAAAAAAAGACCGAGACAUUGACUGCCAUGGUAGAUGAACUCAAUCUCCAGUGUUCCAAAACGGGUGAGCAAGUUACAACGAUUGGAGCGCAACUCGAGACCUUUAUGGCAGAGGUCCGAACCGCCCUCGCCACAAGAUCUUCUUCCAAAGCAACAGAUCCACCUCCGGAUGAUGAUUCCACCGGAAACACGACAGCAACAGGGAACAACUCGAACCUGCCUAUGCCUACGUUUGACGGAACAGAUACUCUAGCGUGGCUCGCGCGCGCGGAGCAAUAUUUCUUGGUGUCAAAAACCUCCCCGGAGAAGCGGCUGGACAUCGCAAUGGUGGCUUUGGCUGGGCCAGCCUUGCCAUGGUUCCUACUUCUGCGACGCCGUCUUCCGACGCUCAGUUGGGAACAGUUCAAACGGGAGAUAAUGAAGCGUUUCGGUGAUAAAAUGGCUCUAGAUGGCUACGAGGCUUUCGCCUCAACCCGACAGGAGGGCUCCCUCGUCGAUUUCGUAGCAGCGUUCGAGGCCCGUCUUGCCCAAAUACCGGAUCUGGCAGAUCACCAAUACCUGGGGUUCUUUUUGGCAGCUCUUCGCCCAGAGAUUCGGAUGCACCUGAAGGCAGCGCAACUUACUUCUUAUUCGGAUGCAGUGCAAAUGGCCUUACAACUGGAUCAGCUCUCUGGCACUCAUCAGGUCAGCCAACCCCUUUCAUCCGCGGUUCUGCCGCCACAGGGAAUGUCUCGCCCGAACCCAAAAGGUUUUUCUCCGACGCCUGCGUCGUUUUCCUCUUCAGGUCCUAAUCGCCCCAGCCGUUUCCGGAAUAUAUCCUCCGAGGAGUACAAAAAGCACAUCGCCGCGGGCACCUGUUUCAAAUGUGGCCUCAAGUUUGGCCCCACUCAUCGCUGUCCCCCAAAGACUCUCAACGUUCUUGUCAUCGACGAUGAUGAUCCUAUGUACGACGAUGUGGAGACCGAGAACCAGAUGGAUAACGGGGCCCAACUAGAGCUCCAGCUUUCGGAACUAUCUUGUAACGGCUUGGAUACCUCCCGCACUAUGAAGCUGUUCGGUGGCAUCGAAUCCCAUAAGAUCCUGGUCAUGGUCGACAGCGGGGCAAGUCACUGUUUCAUCUCAGAUCAACUGGUCAGUCGUCUGCAGCUCCCAAUCACGCCCACAUCACCCUACUCCGUCACGCUGGGAAAUGGUUCAUCAGUCGGCGCUUCUGGAAUCUGCACGCCGUGCCUCUUCGGUUGGCAUCUGAAAACUUUUCCUUGUCCUGUUACGUAUUUCCAUUAAGGAAUAUUGAUAUUAUUUUGGGAGUCUCUUGGUUGGAGACACUGGGCUAUGUGGUCGCAAACUGGAAACGUUCGACUAUGCAGUUUUUCGUCGGCGAUCGGUGGGUGAUGAUUGAGGGCGAUCCGUCCCUUACUCGUCGGGCGUGCUCUUCCUCUGACAUUAAUAGGCUGGAUGAUGGCGACUCGUGCUGGGUCCUGCGCUCCUUAGAAGCCCCAGGCCUCACGACAGAAUUCGGGUUCGAACCUUCAUUAUCACUUGCCGACUGGUUGAUCAGUUCCCUCGUGCUACCCGCCCAUCAUCGGCACUGCCACCUCAUCGCCACACCGACCACCAGAUACCGCUGAAACCAAGCUCACAGCCGGUCUCAGUACGGCCUUACCGCUACAAUCACACUCAGAAAGAUGAAAUGGAGCGCUUGGUGGCGGAGAUGCUCGACUCGGGGGUUAUACAACCAAGCACCAGCCCGUACUCCAGCCCGGUGUUGCUGGUAAAAAAGGACGGGUCGUGGAGAUUCUGUGUCGACUACAGGGAAUUGAAUAAGCGCACAGUGCCCGAUAAAUACCCGAUUCCAAUUAUCCAAGAACUCCCUGACGAGCUACAUGGGUCCUGCUGGUUCAGCAAGCUCGAUCUGAAGGCCGGGUAUCAUCAGAUCCAAGUGGCCGCCCACGAUGUGCACAAGACUGCUUUCCGUACGCACUCCGGCCACUAUGAAUUCCUCGUGAUGCCAUUCGGCCUAACAAAUGCCCCCGCCACCUUCCAAAAAUACAGAAAAGUAUCUGGGGGAUUUAGUAUUGGGCGAUCGUAGUAUCGUAGGCCUCCUUGUGAGGAUUUCCGUUGAGUGUUCAUUUCAUUUCUCAUAUCAAUAAAGCCGAGUUCUUCUAUUUGAGUGAGUGUUGGGAGUUCAUUUCUCCUCUGCGAAUUUUACAGAGCACUUCUUGUGCUCUUCUUAUUGUCCGGUACCUUUACUCUUAUCAAAAUCAUACCAAAAAUGAAGACAUCCCGUCAGACGACUUGGCACCAUGAGUAUCAACAUAGUCUCUCAGCCGAGCAAGACUCUCACGCAUUGCAUGUAUAUUGUCUAUACCAAAGAAGACGAU